AUGGGGGCCGGCAUGGUUAUCGUAACAUUAGCAAGACUCAUCUUCACCAACAAAGCACUCAGUGGCUGUACUGUACUUCCAGAUAUGACCUUGCUGGACUGUGUCAAUGAAUGUCGACUUGAGAAAACCUGCUUGGCAAUUCUUCAUUCCAGAAGUUUACAGGCUUGCUGCCUACGACAGCAUCGAUACACUACCCUGGACCACUUCUCCGACUUCCAUACAUCCUACUACUAUUGGCUGUAUCCCGACUAUUGCCACCCCGACACUGGCUACACCCUGUCCCGUCAAGCUGACCUCUGCUUCCGGGUGUACACUGGACAGAAGACUUGGGACUCGGCCAAUCAAGCAUGUGAGAUGGAUGGGGGCUCUCUGAUAAAACUCAACACACCCAGGAAAAUACAUUACAUCAAAAGCGUGAUAACAUCAAACCAGGACUAUGAGUCAAUGGAGUUUGCUAUUGGAGGAAAGUUGAGCGCAGGUCUGUGGGCGUGGUCAGAUGAGUCACAGAUUGACAUCAACGACUGGGACGAAAAUCAUCCAACCGCCGACUCGAGCCAGUCUCGUGUUGUCAUGGAGAUGACCUCAGGUCACAGGUGGAGGAAUGUUGACCCUGCAGGUGAAAGGGCUUACAUCUGUGAGCUGCCCUUCAUCUCCCUCGACCCCUAUGUGUAGCGAUGCAAAGUGUGGGAUUGUACUUGAACACAUAGGAAUCAGUGGACAUUCCAUCAUUUUGAUGACAAUAUAUACAUAGACAGUACAAUAAAACUAC